GCCAACCGCGAAUUUCAAUGGUGAAUAUAACCGAUUUUAUUUCUGUAAACAUUAACGUAUUUAUUUGAAUAUAGUGAUAUGAAAUAAGUUCUGUGCUUUAUGUUUUGAAAAUAAGUGCUAUAUACAAUUAUGAGUCGUAUUCCACAUAUAGGAUUGACCAAGCAACCUUCACAGAUUCAAGAUGAAAAUGCUUUUAGAAGACCUAUAGGAAGUCAAACUGUUAAAAGAUCAGUAGAAAAUCAGUCUGGUAAUCAAGGUAACCAACCUGCCGUAAAGAAACUUAGAGUUGAAGUUUCUUCGACGACCUCCAAUAAAAAGAGAGCUGUAUCUGGUUCAAGAAUUUUCAUAAAAAAUGCUGGUUUCUCAGACAUUGCUAAAAAGAAUGCUCUAAAACCGAUUCCAGACAGCAAUCUAAUGCGAGGUAGUAUGCCAGCUUUAAAUCUUGCAAAAAGUAGUAGGGCAGUUACUGUCUCUAAGCCUCCUAAAAGGCAGCCAUGGGAUCUAAAAGGUCGCAUACAAGAUAUGGAAGAAACAUUUAAGGAAACACAGAAGCAAAAUACUACUCUACUCGAACAGCUUGCCAUCAAUAACCAACGUAUUGCUGCUCUUGAAAGUGACAACUCUCUCUUGAACAAAGAUGUUCAGAUAAAGUCCUGUGAGUCAGAAGAAGCUAUGGUGCAAAUAUCAGAGUUACAGAAAAAGUUGAAGAAAAAGUCAGACGAAUGUGAGGUGGUUGUAAAAGAAAAAGAAUGUCUUUCGUCAAAAUUAGAGGAACUGAAUAAGAAGUACAAUGAUUUCCUAAAUGCCCAUGAUCAGGAAGUAUCCGCUUUGAGACUAAAUAUUUCUAGCCUCACCAGUAACAAAUUAGUUGUUCAGACUCAACUAGAUGCCUCAGAAAGUGUAAUUAAAAAUCUGAAUGAAGAGAAAAGACAAUUGAUUGAAGAAAAAAGAAAGCUAAUAGAGUCCAACUCUGAGAAAGACCGAAGAAUAGCCAACUUGGAAUCUAGAUUGUUAGAGGAAGAGUCGACUAGAAGGAAACUUCACAAUACCAUUCAAGAAUUAAAGGGCAACAUUCGAGUAUUUUGUAGAAUGCGACCACCAUUAGAUGAGGAAAUGAGAAAUGGCAUGGUAUGUGCUGAUAUAUCUGUUCCAAAUCGAAAAAUGAUUGAAAUUUUCCAAAUAUCAGAAGGCAAUAAAAUUGAAAAAAAAUCUGACUUCUCUUUUGACUGUGUUUUUCCGCCAUCUUCCCCUCAAGCCGAGGUAUUUGAAGAGAUUUCACAGCUUGUGCAAUCAGCUAUUGAUGGCUACAAUGUGUGUAUUUUUGCAUAUGGUCAAACCGGGUCUGGAAAAACUUAUACUAUGGAAGGACCAGAAAAUAUUGUGGAUUUUUCGUCAUCUGAGAGUGAAACCCAUCUUGGAAUGAUACCCAGAUCCGUCCAGCAGAUAUUUCGACGCAUCUCAGAGUUAGAACAUAGAGGCUGGACAGUAUUUAUUUUACUGAAAAAAGCUCGUAAAAGUAGAGUUGUAUUUUCCACUAAAUGUAAUGAACACUCCUCAAGAUCACAUUAUGUGUUUCAACUGAAAAUUGUUGGUGAAAAUUCUAUUACAAGUGAAAGCUGUGAAGGCAUUUUGAAUCUGGUUGACCUAGCAGGAAGUGAAAGAGUUAAAGACUCAGGCUCUGAAGGAGAAAGAUUAACUGAAGCAAAGGCUAUUAACAAAUCUUUAUCGGUUCUCGGUAAAGUAAUAAUGUCAUUAUCCAGGAAGGAUAAUCAUAUACCAUACAGAGACAGUAAGUUAACUCAUCUGCUCGCCAACUCUCUUGGUGGAAAUAGUAAAACUCUUAUGUUUGUAAAUAUUAGUCCUGAUAAGGAAAAUCUAAAUGAAACAAUCAACUCACUUAGAUUUGCCACUAAGGUGAAUCAGUGUAAUAUUGGAACUGCACAGAAGCGUGUGAAAUAAUUAUAUUAAUUGCCCUAAAGAAUGUGUACCCAUUUAUCAUAUGUUAUCUUUUUUAACUGUAUUUUUAUGUUUGCUUUUAGAUAUAUUUAACUCAUAUUGUAUUGUAACUAAUGAUUUUUUGACUAUUUAUCAUAAGGUUUAAAAUCAGCAUUUAUGUCAUAAUCAUCUACUGAAAGACUUUUUAUAAAAUAAUAAUGUGUUUUUGUUUCACUAAUGAAAACAAAAUGCAUUUCCAAUAAAACCUGUACAGUUUUUUUAUUUUUUAUUAUUGAAUAAUGUAUUAAUAUAAACUAUUAGAAGUUUUAUGUUUUUUGGUAUUAUAACCAUUUUCCAAGAAAUAAAAACACUUGGCUAGUU